AGAGAGAGAAAGCGAAAGAGAGAGAGAUACAGAGAGAGAGAGAGAGAGAGAGAGAGAGCUUGGUCUUCAUAAAUAUAUGUUAUUCCCUUGUUUAUUUUUUGUUCUAAAGAGAUGUCGGACAUUUGUUUAAUUGUUCCGAAAAGCCGCUUUAGCAUCCUCCCUGGAUCUUGCGUGCACACGGCGGACACGCGCACACGGUUUCCGUGGUAACUCGCGUCUUGCGUUGGCGUUCCCGAAAAGAAGAGAGAGAAAAAAACCCAAGCGAAGAACGUGGCGCGUGUCCGUGCGGCGCGCUCCCGUGAAGACCGCGCGGGGAGAGAGACUUGAAGAACGGGGAAGGAAGCGGAACCCGGAGAGAGAGAGAGAGAGAGAGAGAGAGCGAGAGAGAGAAAAGAAAAACCCCAUGAAAAUGCGCUCGGAGGGUAAAUGAAGGAUGUCUUUCCGUCCUUCGGAAGAAAAAAAAACACGACCGUAGGAAUUUGCGUGAAGUGUCGUGAGGGGGGAAUCUUAAAGAACUGCGUAGGAGCGCUGUGUAGUAGUGCAAUAGAGCCGGGUAUUUAUUCUUUUUGGUGGGGAGAAGAGAAUAUCAAGAAUGGAGGCUUUCAUAAUAGUUCACCAAAGCAGGACAGAAGAUUUGACACAAGGACUAGACAGCGAAUAAACACCCAGUUCUGAACAGGAAUAAAGAACGUGUGGGUUUUUUUUUUUUUAAUACAUUUUUUAAGCCACCUAGCCCCUCGAUGACAAGAAUACGAGUCGAGGGCUUGAAGGACGGAGGCACGUGCUGAGGGAAAUUGUUAGUCGGCAUCUUUGUGUUCUCACAGACCAUGUGGCCAACAGCGCAGAGGAAUCGACUUCCAGUGGUCUGGCCUGGAUGCCAUGCCACCGGGCUGUGGAUAUGGUUAUUUUGUUCAGUUUUGGCAUUGGCACGGGCGCAGAGCUACUACCCCACAGUGAACACACAUUACGGGAAGCUACGCGGUAUGCGUGUUCCACUUCCCAGCGAGAUCCUGGGCCCCGUGGACCAGUACUUGGGCGUGCCUUAUGCUGCACCACCCGUGGCUGAGAAGCGGUUCCUACCCCCUGAGCCACCCUCGUCAUGGUCAGGCAUUAAGAAUGCCACACACUUUGCGCCCGUAUGCCCACAAAACAUCCACAAUGCCGUGCCUGAGAUCAUGAUGCCCAUCUGGUUCACUUUUAACUUGGAUAUAGUCGCCACGUAUAUACAGGAGCAAAAUGAGGAUUGUUUGUACCUCAACAUAUAUGUACCAACCGAAGAUGACAUACGAGACACCGGUGCCAAACCUGUGAUGGUCUACAUUCACGGAGGCUCCUACAUGGAGGGCACAGGGAACAUGAUCGACGGCAGCGUGUUGGCCAGCUACGGCAAUGUCAUCGUCAUCACGCUCAACUUCCGGGUCGGCGUCUUAGGCUUCCUGAGCACGGGUGACCAGGCCGCUAAAGGUAAUUACGGCCUCCUGGAUCAGAUCCAGGCCUUGCGCUGGAUCAGCGAGAACAUUGGCUACUUCGGUGGCGAUUCGAACCGCAUCACAGUCUUCGGAUCAGGCAUCGGUGCCUCUUGUGUGAGCCUGCUAACCCUGUCGCAUCACUCAGAAGGUCUGUUCCAUCGUGCCAUCAUCCAGAGCGGUUCAGCGCUAUCCAGCUGGGCUGUCAACUACCAGCCUGUGAAAUAUACACGUCUGCUUGCAGAGAAGGUGGGCUGUAAUGUGCUGGAUACCAUGGACAUGGUGCACUGCCUGCGGAAGAAAAACGCCCGUGAACUAGUAGAGCAGGACAUCCAGCCUGCACGCUACCAUGUAGCCUUUGGGCCAGUGAUUGACGGUGAUGUGAUCCCAGAUGACCCAGAGAUCCUCAUGGAGCAGGGCGAGUUCCUCAAUUACGAUAUUAUGCUGGGCGUGAACCAGGGUGAGGGCUUGCGCUUUGUGGAAAAUGUUGUGGACUCUGAAGACGGCGUCUCAGGCAACGACUUCGACUUCUCUGUGUCUGACUUUGUAGACAGCCUAUAUGGCUAUCCAGAGGGGAAGGACACCCUGAGGGAGACUAUCAAGUUUAUGUACACGGACUGGGCUGACCGAGACAACCCAGAAACACGCCGCAAGACCCUUGUCGCACUCUUCACUGACCAUCAGUGGGUGGAACCAUCCGUGGUGACGGCUGACCUGCACGCUCGCUACGGCUCGCCAACCUACUUCUAUGCCUUUUAUCACCACUGCCAGAGUUUGAUGAAACCCACCUGGUCAGACGCGGCACAUGGAGACGAAGUACCAUAUGUCUUUGGUAUCCCCAUGAUCGGGCCUACUGACCUGUUCCCCUGCAACUUCUCGAAAAAUGAUGUCAUGCUCAGUGCUGUAGUUAUGACCUACUGGACUAACUUCGCCAAGACUGGAGACCCAAACAAGCCAGUGCCCCAGGACACCAAGUUCAUCCACACAAAAGCCAACCGCUUCGAGGAAGUGGCCUGGUCCAAAUACAACCCUCAGGACCAGCUGUACCUGCACAUCGGGUUGAAGCCACGUGUUCGUGACCACUACCGUGCUACUAAGGUGGCCUUCUGGAAGCAUCUGGUGCCACACCUGUACAACCUGCAUGACAUGUUCCACUACACGUCAACCACUACACGAGUGCCACCCCCUGAGACUACGCAGAACUCACUGGCCACCAAGCGGCCUAAUGGCAAGACCUGGCCUUUCAACACCAAGCGGCCACCCAUGUCACCGGCUUACAACAGCGAGAGCGGCACAGAACGGCGGAACAGCGCGGAUAACGAUGAGACCGGGCCAUUGCUCGUCGAGAACGCACGUGACUAUUCAACCGAGUUGAGUGUCACCAUCGCUGUGGGUGCCUCUCUGCUCUUUCUCAACGUGCUCGCCUUCGCUGCACUUUACUACCGCAAGGACAAGCGCCGCCAGGAGCAGCGGCCACAAGGCAGCCCGCCUCGUUCCAACGCUAACUCCAAUAUCAAUGGCACCAACGUCGAGGAUGAGAUCGCAUCACUGCAAGUGAAUCAGUGUGACGCCACACCAGCUGGAGAGGCACUACCGCUCACCGCGCUUCCUGACUACGCGCUGACUCUGCGCCGCUCACCUGAUGACAUCCCUCUCAUGACGCCCAACACCAUUACCAUGAUCCCCAACUCGCUGGUGCCCAUGCCCAACCUGCACCCAUAUAAUACCUUCACAGCCGGCUUUGGCACAACCGGUCUUGCCCACUCACACUCCACCACCCGUGUAUAGCUUUAAGGAGGGUGCAGAAGAGUAUUGGGUUUUGUACGAAUAUCACAGUUAUGGAAGAGGGAAAAAAAAAAAAGAAAGAAAGAUUUUGAAUAGACAUUUUGUCACAGGCAGUUGCUUUCUGAAUGUCAAUUCGAUCUGGUUGUGAACUCCACGUUCCCUUCCAACGGGACAAGCAAUCCGAGCAGUAUUUUUUUCUAAUGAUCAUUUUAAAAAUGGGGGGACAACCUUUUUAAGAAGACUGGGCAGUUAUUGGCAACACUCUUUUUUGAAUAAUUAACAAAAAUGAAGAAAAGUGCUUUUUAUUUCCCAUUUCGUUCUCGUGUGGGAAACACAUUUCAAAACAAUGGCCUCUCAGAUCACAUCUGCAUAAUAUGUGUUGCUUUUGCUUUUCUCAUCAAUGCCUUACACGAGAGCUUGAUUUUUUGUUUCGUCCUUUUUAAUCUUUCAGUGACAUGGGCGUGCCUGGAUCUUAUUUAGCCUGAACGAUUGGAUUCAUGAAAUCUAAGAAAAGAGACAUG